CUUAGAUAGAUCAUUGUAAUCAACAAUUGUCUUGCACGGCGACCGUCCAAUCCUCUCUUACAAACGCUGAGCACAUAUCCGAGGUGUAAGCCCAUCCGCAUUAGGAUCUCGGAAUCCGUGCCGGCACUUUUGGUGCCGUUAGCUUGGUUUGUUCCUUCCAAACAUAGCAGGCAGAGCCUUUUUUUGCGCCUUUCCCUUUCUUCCAUUCCAGAUUUGAAUCUCGUCGUUCCCAGAUCUCUCUCCAGCCCAUUGUUUCCAAGAACUCGGUGACGCACGCGCACCGCUUCUGCUCGGGAGGGACGCCGUUUGCGUAUGUUCUCGAGAGAGUUUGGAAGGAUCGCCGACGAACUUGCCAAGUUUUGCCCAAGUAACAACCGCGUUCCAGAUCUGCAAAGAAUCCAGUCCUGAUACGGACAGACUUCUGCACGGGAGACACGUCUCGAAAUCAAGAUUGAAUCAUCAUCCAAACUAUCACACACCUCAUCUCUGCUCUCGGGCAGUCAUCCGGAGUCAGCCACCGCCCAAAAUGGACUUAGCUCGAUGGCGUAUCCCUCUUAAGCAUGGAAUCCGACAACUUAUGAUUCGAUCUUCUCCCUCUCGACAUCAGUCACCCACGUCGCGCAGUGCAGUGCCUCGCUGGGCUCCAUAUAAACCACACACCUUACGCUCUCACUCCACCAUUCCGAUGCCGGGCACUCUUGAUACCAUGUCUGCAUACCUGAACUAUCCCGAGGACGACCAGCUCAUGGCAGUAUCGAGCUCGGACGACCUCCUUUUCGAUUUCGAUGGCGACUUCCCUCCACCAGGCUCCGUUGGCUACGACUCGACGGGCGAGGAAGUACUGGAGUACAAGCCAUUUUUCGAGGAGCACGAUCUUGACCUCCACACUGCUCAGCCAUCGAUGCUAUAUCAGACAGGAAACACCAUGUACUAUGGCCUCCCCGGACUUACCUUGCCGAAGUCCUCGUUAGGAUUCGGAGCAGAUAGUCCCUACUUGGGCCAAUGGGCGCGGCCCGGCAGCGAGAUCGACACAUCACCCAUUCCGUCUCCGUCCUCCCCGAUCCCAAUUCCCUCGUCGGGACCGCAGUCGCCAUCGUUCAUUUCGUACAGCAGCCAUGGGCUGUCGCCGAUGGACACCCAUAUGCGCACGCCCUUCUCACCGUCAGCACUGGUAGCUGCGCUGCCACGGUCUUACUCACCUGCAUCGUCAUUCGAGGAACAUGCAUCUGACUUCGCGGUUCCGCGGAACCAUACGCUGGGUGACUCCAUCUCACCACACGACACCCAGCGGCCGGCAUGGGCUUCUCAGCUGUGGGAUACACAUGCUCCAGGAUCCCCACCACGCGCUGGACAUCAUCGGACUCUGUCAUCGCCGCGGUCAUCUUCACGGCAUUCGCCGCUGACGUUCACGACGGACCGCGUGCGGCGCAACUCGCAGUCGAGUCUGGCGUUCCCAGGAUCCAGUAGUGCACCGUCGGCGGGGCCCAACGGCAUCAACAUCCUCCGGUCGUACAGUCGCCGGGCCGAGUCUCUAACGCCGCUCGACAUCGAGGAUCGUGAUGCCACUGUGCGACGGCGGAAACGAGUGAUUCCCUCGGAGGAUAGCGACCAGGGCGGUGCAGUUGAUUCGAACGCUCCCCAGAAAUCUCUGCUCCGACCUCCCAAGUUGGCGCCAUCUGCCUGGCAGCUUUAUUUCACCGACUGGAUCCAACGACAGCAGGCUUCAAGCCACCGAAAGCUCAAUGUGGCCCAAGCGGCAAAGGAAGCCGGACAAGAUUAUGCCGGAUUGAGCGAAGAGGAGAAGGAGCCCUACAAGCAGCGCUCGCAGGCAGCCAAAGAUCUGCGGGAGCGGGAGCAUAGUGCUUACUUGCGCUCGCUGACCCCGGAUGAUAUCAAGCGCGAGAACGCGUUCCGUUCCGCCCAGCGCAAGGCCGGCAAGUCACGGAAGAGUAACAUUAAGGACCCGAAUGCGCCGAAGAAGCCUCUGAGCGCGUAUUUCAUGUUCCUCCAACGUAUCCGGGCCGAUCCUACUCUUGUCCGAGAAGUUUUUGGAGAAGAGACGGAGACGACCAAGCAGAGUAUAUUGGCUGCUGCCUGGUGGAGGGCCAUGUCUGAUGACGAGAAGAAGGUUUGUCAAUCGGCCAUGUCCUGCAGACAUAUGCUGACGCGUCCCAGCCCUUCCUUGCCCAGGCUGAACAAGAAAAGAUGGAAUAUGAAGCUGCUCGUCGUCUAUACGAGGAAGGCGCGACCAACUUCGGAUCCAGCAUGUCCAGCAUCAACUUCAGCUUCCUGCCGUUGUCGAGCAGUCCCGCUUUCCCUUCGAUUAAACUGGAGUCGGAAAGCGAGGGUGAGGCGACCCACAGCGGGCGCGUCUUCCGCUCGUGAAGCUUGCGCCAUUAGUCUUUCGUUUCCCGCUUUCUUUCGACCUAUGCCCAUGCAGUCCUUUCUUACGACCCAUUGAUGACUUUCUCGACGCUCAUGCCCUAUAUUCGUGGCAUAUUUAUCCUCUCUGGACACCGCCGUGUAUACUAACUAUACUACCUCCGUGUAUUGCUAGACUUUGUUCUCUCCACUCCUAGUAGGUAGAUUCACUAGUGACAUACUGACUGCUCUAUACCUGAUAUGCUCCGGCUGUACGUACGAUACCACGUGCUUAUGAAUGCAGCUAAUCUCCUGUGAUCCGCUCGUUAUUCGCUAGAACAUCGCAUUUGCG